GUUUUCCGUGUGAGUUUAGACAACAAGGUGUGUGUAUGUAUAUAUGUAUCUAUUCUCGCCCAACAAACGCACCCCAACCCCGUUCAAAUAAUCUCUCUCUCUCUCUCUCCAUCUCUCUCUCAAACCUUUUCAUCUAUAUUACAAAACCCCAAAUAUCCACAUACCCUUUGAUUUAUAAUUACUUUAGUAUCACAGUAUUUUUACUUUAAUUUGUCUUUCAUCACAAUUUAUUGAUUAUUAUUUGAUUGAUCAUAAUUAAUAAUUAAUUGAAUUGAAUUGAUCCAUGGAAGUGGGAGUGGAGUCGCCGGAGAAAGGGGCGAGUGUGAACGCAAUCGCCAUGGAUUUUCCGGUCUACGAUGACGGAAACACUGUCUGUUCGCCGCCGAUGAUCCCCUCAAGGAUUCGCCGUAGACUGUCGGAGAACAAAUCGUAUUCUCCGUCCAGUGUUGAAGAGAUUGAAGCCAAGCUUCGAGACGCUCAUCUUCGUAGACAGAAAUUUUACGAGAGCCUUUCGAGUAAGGCUCGGCCAAAGCCAAGGAGCCAAUCGCAAUCUCCUUCUCGUAAUGAAGACCUUGGUCAGCGCCUCGAGGCUAAGCUGCAAGCAGCUGAGCAGAAAAGGCAGAGUCUUCUGGAGAAGUCCAAGACGCGCCUAGCUAAGUUGGAUGAGCUGCGGCAAGCAGCUAAAACUAGUGUAGAGAUGCGUUUCAAGAAGGAACGUGCCGAGCUAGGCACCAAGGUAGAAUCACGAGUUAAAAAGGCGGAGGCUAAUAGAAUGCUUAUUUUAAAUAGUUACUGCCAACGGAGAGCGACACUAAAGGAGAGAACAAGUCAGUCAUUAUCAAGACGGAUUGCUCGGGAUAGCAAGUAUAAGCAGCGUGUGCAUGCUGCCAUUUGCCAAAAGCGUGCUGCUGCUGAGCGCAAGCGACUGGUAUUACUGGAAGCUGAUAAGACAAGGGCAGCAGCAAGGCUGCUGCAAGUGAAAGAAGUUGCAAAUUCUGUUUCUCAAAAGCGAGAGAUGGAAAGGAGAACUUUGAAGGAUAAACUGGAAGACAGACUACAGCGGGCAAAGAGGCAAAGAGCAGAAUAUAUCAUGCAGAGAGCAAAGAUUCAGAACUCCAUUCCUGUCAAUUGGAUAAAAAGACAGCAAGCUGACCUCCUCUCUAGAAAAUUAGCAAGGUGUUGGAAGAGAUUCCUUAAGACACGGCGAACUACCUUGGAUCUGACCAGAGCUUAUGAUGUGCUGAACCUGAACGAGCCUCGAGUUAAGACAAUGCCGUUUGAGCAGCUUGCACUGCUGAUUGAAUCAGCUUCUACCCUUCGAACUGCAAAGGCUGUGCUUGAUCGGUUAGAAAGCCGGUUGAAGGUUUCAAAGGCUGUUUCUUCUAGUGCAAAUUCUUGUGCUCUAAGUGAUAUUAAUCAUCUUCUUAAGAGGGUUGCAUCUCCUAGCAAGAGAACUACCCCUAGGAGACCUGGACGGAACAAAGAUGCUAAGAAACAAGUUGCUGUCAGAGGGACAGCCAAAGCUCCUGCUGAAUUAUCAAGAUACCAGGUGAGAGUUGUCCUCUGUGCAUACAUGAUACUGGGUCACCCGGAUGCAGUUUUUAGUGGUCGCAGUGAACGCGAACAUGCUCUGGCCAGGUCCGCAGAGAAGUUCAUCGAAGAGUUUGAGUUACUUGUGAAGAUAAUCUUAGAUGGUCCUAUUCACAGUUCUGACGAAGAGUCUGACCCUGCAUCAACAAGGCGUUGGACCUUCAGGUCCCAGCUUACAGCCUUUGAUGCCGCAUGGUGUGCUUACCUAAAUAGCUUUGUUGUGUGGAAGGUAAAGGAUGCAGAGUCAUUGGAAGAGGAUUUGGUGAGAGCUGCCUGUCAUCUUGAGCUCUCAAUGAUGCAAAAAUGCAAGCCAACUCAAGGAGAUAGUAGUACUUUAACGCAUGAUUUGAAGGCCAUACAGAAACAGGUUACAGAUGAUCAGAAACUAUUAAGGGAAAAAGUGAUGCACUUAAGUGGAGGUGCAGGCAUACAGCGUAUGGAGGAUGCCCUUUCUGACACACGAACGAAAUACUUCCAAACAGUAGAGAAUGAGAAAUCUGCAGUGUUUCCGCCAAUUACUCAUAUUUCAUCUCCUAGCCUGGCUAUGCCCAUGCCAGGCUCUUCAGCAGGAUCUUCUUCCGCUAUGUCACUAGGAAAAAAUGUUGCAAUGGCGAGGGGGGAGAGAUCAAGCCGUGUAGUUCGAUCACUAUUCAAGGAGGAAGGGUUUGUCUCAGGCAAAGAAGAUGCUAUCCCUGCACGAACUGAAAAUUUGGGUUUGGAUAAUGAGUUGAUGGUAAAUGAAAUUAUUCAUGAGCAGCGUCACAUAUUUGACGGUGCCCCUGCUACUGAAGAAGUUAGUAUACAGGCAAAAGUGCAAGCUGCAAUGGAGAAGGUUUUCUGGGAUAGUGUUACAGAUUCUUUGAAAGAUAAUAAUUAUGAGAGAGUUGUUGAACUUGUAAAAGAGGUGAGAGACGAACUUUGUGACAUUGCUCCUCAGAGCUGGAAACAGGAAAUAACUGAGGCAAUUGAUGUGGACAUAAUUGCUCAGGUGCUGAAUUCUGGUACAGUGGACAUGAAUUAUCUUGGGAAAAUUCUAGAGUCUGCAUUAGUAACCUUGCAGAAGCUCUCUGCUGCAGCUCAUGAAGAUGAGCUUAAAAAAACCCAUAAUAAUUUGCUGAAAGAACUUGCUGAGUUAUGUAAUGAUGGAGAUGGAACAAACUAUUCCCAUGUCAUUGCAUUGGUUAAAGGAUUGCGCUAUAUCCUGGAACAAAUUCAGGCUCUAAAGCAAGAAAUAAGCAGAGCACGUGUAAGGAUUAUGGAACCCCUCCUGAAGGGUCCUGCUGGUUUGGAUUACUUGAAGAAUGCAUUUGUCAAACGUUAUGGGCCUCCAUCUAAUGCAGUUACUGCUCUGCCUUUGACAACUCAAUGGCUUUUAUCAAUAUGGGAUAAAAGAGAUCAGGAAUGGGGUGAUCACACAACUGCUCUGUCAGAUAUGAGAAAGAGAAAUGGAGCUUCUGGCCACAUACUCAUGCCUUCCAUAACUCUUAGAACUGGCGGAAACCUAUCUGCAAGGACUACUGGGAGCCAAGUUCCCUCGUUCUCUUUAGAUUCUCCGGAGAUUGAUAAUCGACCACUUGAGUGCAAGGGAGAAAAGGUUGAUUUGUCAGUGAGGCUGGGAUUGCUGCAGUUGGUAAACCAGGUUUCUGGUCUUACAGAGGAAACGAUGCCUGAAACUUUGAAGCUCAACUAUACGAGGUUAAGAGCUGUACAAGCCCAAGUCCAGAAGAUCGUUGUUGUUGCCGUCAGCAUCCUUGUUUUGAGACAGACUCUUCUCAGCGAGAAAAUAGUAAGGAAUGCCGAGGAUAUGGAUCAUAUGAUAUCAAGUUGUGGAGAUAAAGUAUCUGCUCUUGUGGAUACGGUUGAGGAUGCUGGUGUAGAAGAAAUUAUUGACGUCCUCAGCAAGUUGGUGGAAGAUUAUGACAUGUCUAACGACACUGCGAAGAGGCAGUCCAGGAAGAAUGUGAUGGGCAGAAUGUUAGUAAAGAGCUUACAAGCUGGAGAUGCUGUAUUUGAUCUAGUGUCUCGUGCUAUAUAUUUAGCUGCAAGAGGAGCGGUUCUUGGAGAUGCCGAAGGACUAGGAAGAGCACUGACCGAAAAUUCACUGAGAAAGAUAGGUGCAGCGGUGUUAACUGAUCGGGUGGUGGAAGCAGCAAAAGUAUUGGUAUUAGCAGCUACUGUGUCCGUUAAUGUUCACGGGCAAUGGUACACACAGAUCGUAGAGAAUAUGUGAAGAAACUGCAGUAUGCCCAAAUUGGACAAGGUCCGGAGAAAGUUUAUCUUGAUUGCUUGAUUUCCCUGUAUAUAAAUUUCAACUGACUGUAAUUUGUAUAAAGUUCUAGUGGCAGAUGUCGAUAUUAUUGUGUAGAAUUGGACUACGAAAAGAGGUAAUAAAUAAACCCUCUUCUGUAAUUAGUUUUAUUUGUACCACAUUUGAGGAUUUGUUGGUUGAAGAAUGUAUGUGGGUGGUUAAUAAUAUGGCAACUACGUUCUUCACAGGUA